AUGUCGUCGGCCGUGGAAAAGUGGCCAUCAGCUCACCAGUCAAGCUUCAUCUCCGAUUCAAUCUCUAAAUUGCCAUCACCGCCAAUGGAAUUCCGAGUCCUCGAGACCUCUCGCGUCGCUCCUCCGCCGGGAUCGGUGCCAGAAUCAUCCAUCGCCCUCACCUUCUUCGACAUAAGCUGGCUCUACGCCGGGCCCGUGCAACGUGUUUUCUUCUACUCUUUCCCCCACUCAACCUCUCACUUCAUCGAUUCCCACCUCCCCACCCUUAAGUCCGCCCUCUCCCUCGCCCUCCAAGACUUCUACCCCCUUGCCGGAAAGAUCCGCCCUACUCCUGGCAGCCACAGCCAGUUCGAGCUCCACUACGCCGAGGGCGACUCUGUUCCGAUCGCAAUCGCCGAGCACGACGGAGACUUCGACAACCUCUCGAGAAACAACCCACGCGAAUACACCAGGAUAAAACCAUUAAGUCCGCAGCUGCCGAAGACCGCAGACGAUGGCCAGCGGCCGGUGAUGGCCGUGCAGGUGACUCUGUUCCCAAACAGAGGCUUGGCUUUGGCCGUCACCGUCGACCACUCGGCCUGCGACGGCUCAAGCUCCACUCGGUUCGUGUCGUCGUGGGCUUGUAGAGCUUCCGGACGCGAGAAGGCCGCGCCGGCGCCGCCCUCCUUCGACCGGAGCUCAGUUCCGAACCCUAAUGAUGCGUACUCCAAAUUUUUCAGCAGCCUUACCGCCGCCGCGCAGAAGAUCAAGCCUACGAGGGUCCAAUUAACGCCGCCGGACCUGGUCAUCGGCACGGUGACGCUCACCGCCGACUACCUCCGGAAGCUAAAGGAGAUGGUUUCCUCCAAAGUGAACGACUCCGCUUUCCGCUGCUCCAACAUCGUGGCGACCUACGCUUACGCGUGGGUUUCCCUCGUCAAAGCGAAAGGGCACAACGCGGACAGCACUGCGCACGUGAUGUUCCCGGGAAACUGCAGGGAGCGGAUUAAGCCCCCGCUACCAGCGGAGUACUUCGGCAACUGCACGACUGGUAACAUCGCCCAUGCGAAGGCCAUCGACCUCGCGGGAGAAGAUGGGGUGGUGACGGCGGCUCGAAUCAUCGGGGAAGCCAUCGAACAGUUUAAGGAAGACCCACUGAAGGACGCAGACAAGUUCCCGGAGAAGUACCAGGCGAUCCCGGGGAAGCCGCUGAGAGUUGCGGGGUCUCCGGUGUUCAAGGUUUACGACGUGGAUUUCGGGUGGGGAAGGCCGGUGAAGGUGGACGUGCCGUCGAUAUCGAAGGCAGGAGUCAUUUCGGUGUCGGAGAGCAGAGAUGAGAGCGGCGGAGUGGAGAUCGGUCUGGUGAUGCCCAAGACUGAGAUGGAUGAGUUUGAGGCUCACUUCUCAAAUGGUCUUAAACGGUUGCAGUGA